CCUGGCCUGUCCUCUGCUGUUCUCCAGCAUGGUGUGUCUGUGUUUCUCUGGAGGCUCCUGGUUGGCAGCUCUGACAAUGAUACUGGGGGUGCUGAGCCCUCCCCUAGCUUUGGCCAGGGAUAUUGCACCGCAUUUCUUGCUUCUGGUGAAACACGAGUGUCAUUUCUUCACUGGGACGGAGCGGGUGAGGUUUCUGGACAGAUACUUCUAUAAUGGAAAGGAGUACGUGCGCUUCGACAGCGACGUGGGCGAGUUCCGGGUGGUGAUAGCUGGGCGGCCUUCAGCCAAGUACUGGAACAGCCAGAAGGACAUCCUGGAGCACUUUCGGACCGCAGUGGACUGGUUCUGCAGAUGCAGCUACAAGGUCUAUGCGACCUUCCUUGUGCUGCGGCGAGCUGAGCCCACAGUGACGGUGUAUCCUGCAAAGACCCAGCCCCUGCAGCACCACAACCUCCUGGUCUGCUCUGUGACCGGGUUCUACCCAGGCCACGUGGAGGUCAGGUGGUUCCGGAAUGGCCAGGAAGAGGCGGCGGGGGUGGUCUCCACAGGCCUGAUCCCUAAUGGAGACUGGACCUUCCAGACCAUGGUGAUGCUUGAAACGGUUCCUCAGAGUGGAGAGGUCUACAGCUGCCGAGUGGAGCACCCCAGCCUGACGAGCCCUGUCACAGUGGAAUGGAGGGCACGGUCUGAAUCUGCUCAGGGCAAGAUGAUGAGUGGGGUUGGGGGCUUCGUCCUGGGUCUGCUCUUUGUUGCUGUGGGGCUGUUCAUCUACUUCAAGAAUCAGAAAGGACGCCCUGCCCUUCAGCCAACAGGCCUCCUGAGCUGAAGUGCAGGUGGUGACACUCCAAGCAAGCAUCCUCUGUGCCAGCGUCUUCACAGCAUGAGAAGGCUCCUGCUAUGCUCUGCGUCCUCCCCCAGGAGAGCUCUUCCUCAGACUCUCCUUUGCUCCUGGUUCAGGGACCCUGCAGAAAAGGUCUUUUGAUGGCUUUCUCAGCCUCCCCCCUUUGACCUGGAAGUUCCUUGUGUUGAGGGCUGUACCUGGUUGGUCUCUGUUGUUUUUUUCCUGGUUGGUCCCUGUUGUUUUCGACGUUACUGCCUCCUGUGCAUCUGAACUCAUCCACUGCCCAUAUUACCUUAUUAUGUUUUUCUCCAAUAAAUAUGGAGUGACAAUG